GUCAGUGCCCUGCUUGACAAAGACAACGUGUUAAGCACGCGGAGAGGAAGAGCUGAGCAGUCGGUCCUGAGAGAGGAGCACGGGGAGGAGAAUGCGGAGAAGAAGCCACAAUCUGAUUCUCCCGCGCAAGAUUGGCGGAAGGGGUGAUGACAAUGCGCAGCUGCAGCGCCAAAGAACGCGCUUGAGCGCACCGCCAGCGGCGGGGCGGUGCCGCAGGAGACCGUCCCUGCGGCCAUCUCCAGAAACUUUAGCGAAAUGUCCGAAGCGCGCCAAAACAACGCGCGCGCUCGAUGGAGGGGGGAGAGGACGACACGUGGACAGGAGGGUGGGCCGCAAUGCGCGGGCUCGUCGAUUUCCGGCGGGAAGAGAGGAAAAAGGAAGCGGGGGACAAGGGGGAGAGGUGGGCGGGAAACAGGAAAGCGAAGAGGGAAGAGGGACAAGGAGGAGAGGUGGGUGGGAAACAGGAAAGCGAAGAGGGAAGAGGGACAAGGAGGAGAGGUGGGUGGGAAACAGGAAAGCGAAGAGGGAAGAAGGACAAGGAAGCAAUUCGACUGCAUACGUUUGGGCAUCGCCAUACCACUCUCAAUAUGUGCAAAACAAGAACGAACUUCCUCCUAGAACAUGGCCAGAGACGCCCGCCACAUUUUUGUCGUUUUUCGAGAGUGGUGUGGCGAGGCCCUUUCUCCGUCUUUGGGCUACAGUAACGGUAGGAUAGCGACAAAACAUACUGAUAAACAAACCCCUCAACCAGGC